AUGCCAGGACGGCCCAACCUCGGGAGGCUCACAGCCGAAGACCUGACGGCCCUCCGUGCCGAGCCGCGAGCUACUGCGGUUCUGAAUUUCUGGUUUGGCGAGAAGUGGGAGACGGAGGGUCUUCCCAACCCGACCGAGAGGCUGGGGGUCUGGUAUGGGAAGAGCGAUGCCCUGGACUCCAGCAUUCGGCAGUCCUUUGGCGGGGACCUUGACCGUCUCCUGGAGGGCCGGCUGGAUGGCUGGCGCUCCUCCCUGCUCCCAGCAGUGGCGGGCAUCAUCCUUGGGGACCAGUUCACUCGGAAUGCGCGUCGGGGCACGGCCAGCAUGUACGAUGCUGAUGCCAAGACGCUGGAGUGGACGCACGCCCUGAUAGCGGAUGGCAGCAUUGCUCGGCUGCCGUACGCGCUUCGCCACUUCGCCGCGAUGCCCCUCAUGCACAGCGAGAGCCUGGCAGACCAGGAGCUCAUCUUGGAGCUCCUCAAGAGAUGGCAUGGGGAGCUGUCCAGCCAGGGGGGUGAUGACGAAGUUGUUGAGUUCGUGCAGACGGCAAUCCCUUAUGCAGAGGGCCAUGUAGAUGUGGUGAGGAGGUGGGGACGAUUCCCACACCGCAAUGCGAUCCUGGGCCGGCCUUCCACACAGGAGGAGGAGGCAGGCCUCAGAGACGGCAGCAUUGCGGCCUGGUGA